AUUUUAUAAGAAAGAUUUUUUUAUUCACUUGGUGAAUUAUAUUCACCCCGUUUUACGAUAUCUCUACUACAAGAUAGCCUUAUGAGAGCCAUAGAUUAAAAAUAAUAAUCAUGACAUAUAUAAAUUUAAUACCAAUAGCAACACUAAAAGAAGAACAACUUUUCUAUUUUAAAAUCGUCGGUUAUUUUUGUCAGAAUAUUACUUCAAUGUUUAUGUUUCAGUGAAUUAAGUUGUUUACACUGCAUUUUGUAGUAGGCAAUUGGAAAAUGUUACCAUCGCAUAAUCCAAGAAAACGCACUACAUGUUAAUAUCAAUGAAUUAGUAUAAAUAUGAAAAAAGAUGAGUGACAAUAUCAAAGUAGUUGUCAAAGUGAGACCUCUGAUUUCUCGCGAAAUCGAGGAGAAACAAUCUUAUCAAUGGCGCGUAAAAAACAACACUUUAUGCCAACUCGAUCAGACCGGGAGAGAUAGUGGGUUAUCUUUCACAUUUGACCAAGUUUAUGACAAGGAUGCUAAAACCACUGAUGUAUAUAAUGAUAUUGCAAAACCUAUUGUGGAAGCGGCGACGGCGGGUUUUAAUGGAACUAUUUUUGCUUAUGGACAAACUUCCUCCGGGAAGACAUAUACCAUGACUGGUACAGAAACAUCACCUGGCAUCAUACCGCUUGCUAUUUAUAAUUUAUUUGAAAUCAUUAAAAAUAUCCCUAAUCGGGACUUUCUAGUGAGAGUGUCAUACAUUGAAAUUUACAAUGAAACAUUAAAAGACCUUUUGAACAUUGAAAAGAAAAACAUAAAAGUUCAUGAAACAUUUGAAGGUGUCAAAGUAGAUGUUACUGAACAAGUUAGCACCUCCCCUGAAGAAGUGCUCAAAUACUUGAAACAGGGUGAAGCUAACAGGCAAACUGGUGCUACCAACAUGAACGAGGAAAGCAGCCGGUCACAUUCAAUUUUCCAAAUUAUAAUAGAAUCACGUGAACACAUAGAAGGGGAAGAAGAAGCUGGCUGCGUGAAUGUGUCAAAAUUAAACCUAGUGGACUUGGCUGGCUCCGAGCGUGCUGGACAAACUGGCGCCACGGGCAUCAGGUUCAAGGAAGGCACACACAUUAAUAAGUCAUUAUCUACACUCGCAUUAGUAAUCAAACAGCUGUCUGAAGAUCCCAAUAAACACGCAAACUAUCGUGAUAGCAAAUUAACCCGUAUACUCCAGAAUUCUUUGGGAGGCAAUGCCAAAACUAGUAUUAUAUGUGCAAUAACUCCGGCUGCUGUUGACGAAACCAUCUCAACUCUACAGUUCGCAAAUAGAGCUAAGGCAAUUAAGAACAAACCGGAAGUGAAUGCGGUAGCGACUGACGUAACCAUGAUACAAAGCCUCACUAAACAGUUGUCCCGAUUGCAAGCGCAACUAGAAAGUAAAAAGAACUUAGAAGUGAUGCUAGAAAGCAAGAAGAAUGUUGAGCAAGACUUGCAGAAGCAAAUAGAGAAUCUGCGGCGACUGAUAUUGAACGGAUUCGGCCAGAGAAGCAGCAUAGACAGAAUGGGUGGGCGUCGAAAAAACAAUCAACUCCGUAGGAUCACUAUAUCAACCUUACAUGAUGUGAACGAGGAACCCGUCAGUAACAUACCAAAAUUUUGUACGCCCACUUUGAAGUACAAUCCGAUGUCGUUACCUGGCGCUAUGGAUUUCGUCCCGAUUCAGAAUGCCAGCAAGCUGAGCAGCGUACCGGAGGAGACUACACUGAUCACUCCGCCACCUAGAGAGAAGAAAGUCAACUUUGAUGAUGUUAUUGAAAUAGAUAGUGACGAUGACGAGUCAGUCGAUGUGCAGCCCUGUUCGCCAUACCACAAAUGUUAUGGCGAAACAAAAACUCCACCAUGUAUAUUAAGAAAGAAAGUAAAGAUAGCUGAAAAGGAUCUAAAAGAUAUUGUUGAAUUGACUGAGAGAGAAAAGAUGUACACGCCUAGUGUGAUAGAACUCCUUGAAAAACUUGAUCAAAACAACAAAGUUAUAGCUAAUCUCGAAGACGACAUCAAUUCACUCACCAAGCAAAGCAAAGAUAAGGAUUUGGAAAUUGACCAUUUGAAAAUAAAAAUCACCAAGUCUGAUGAAGAAAUGAAAAUGAUUAUGGCUGCCAAGGUUGAAAUAGAAGCUCAAAAUCAAGACUACAUGACCAAACUAACUGAUUGGGAAGUUAGUUAUGAAACCUUAAAACAGAAAACAAAGAAAAGAGAAGAAGAGCUUUUGUCACUUUUAGAUGAGCACAAAAUUUGUAAAAGAACUGAAGAUAUUGGUAAACUAUCGAGAACCAUGAAUAAAGAACUUUCACAUUUUAUGGAUAUGUCAAAAGAUAUAUCACUAGUGAAUAGUGACAAUGAAAGCAGUAUUAACAAUACAAAUGAUGAUGAACCGUCGUCACAAAUAGGAGAUCUAGUCACAAACAUACAAUCCCAAUUAACGACUAAAACUCAGUCAAUGCUAGAAUUAGAAGCUAAUUUAUUUGCACAGAAUCAAAAGGUUGAUUCACUUAAUUAUACUUGUAAAGAACUCGAAGAAAUAGUUAAUAAUUAUAAAGAAAAGCUUUCUACUAUUGAAAUUGAAAACUCUUUUCUCAAAUCUACAAUAGAAACAUUAAAUUCUACUAUAAAAAGUCAAAAAGAAAGCUUAGAAGUAGCAAAUAACGACAUUGAUUCAUAUAAUUCUCUAAUUAAAGAAUUACAGAUCAGGCUUAAUAAAAAGGACAAUGUAGGUGAUAUUAAUAUUAAUGAUAAUAUUUUAGAUAAAAUGAUAGCAAACGAGGAAAAAAUUAUUGCGAAUAAUGAAAAUAUCAAAAAUAUUAUUAAAUCUUUUAAAAUCGUUCUUGAUUCUCGAAAUAAAGAAAUAGCUACACUGAAAUCUGCGCUUCCCUUUAAUUCUGAAUCUAAUACCAUUGAAGGCACUACAGAGAAAGAAUUAAGUGCAUUAAACCUGGAGAUACAGAAUUUAAAGGAACAAAUAAAUGAAAACAGUAUAAUUAUUAAAGAUCUUUUGUCCGAAAAAAACGAUGCUAUAAAAAUUCAACAUGAUCUUUCUGAAGAAUUGAAUAACCUCAAAGUAGUAAAUAGUAAAUUAGAAAAAAAUAGCGUAGAAGAUGCGGCGAAACUUUCCUCCUUAGAAAUAACUAAUCAAAGACUUACUGAGGCUGCAUCUGAACAAAAUAAAAGAGAGCAAGAAAAUAUAUUGAGUAAUGAAAAUUUAAAGAAGCAAAUAUAUAGUUUAUCUAAUACAAUAAACUCUUUAGAAUGUGAUCUAAAUGUUAAAAAUGAUUUGGUCUUGUCACUUCAAAAAGAUAAAGAACAAACGGAAGAAAACAUAUUAAAAGCUAAAAUAGCAUUAAAAAAAAUUCAGGAUAUUUCAGUAAAACUAACGGGAAAUAUACAAGAGGUACCAGAAGUAAUUGAUAAUUUCGUCGACAUUUUCAGAACCUUGACUCAGAACUUAGAUAUUUUAGAGUCUUUAGUAACAGAAUUAGUGUCUCAAAGAGAAGUCGAAAAAAUAUACAAAGAUGAUUUAUCCAAAAUAUUAGAUGAUUUAAGGGACAAACAUGCUAAUGAAUUUGCUAUAUUUCAAUCUGAAAUUCUAACUUUGACUAAUAACGCUAUUAGUUUAAAGGAAACAUUAGAGCAUAAAACAAAAGAACUUGAAGAAACACGCAUUGAUUUGAACAAAAGAAAUGAAGAAAUUCUAGAGCUAGAAAGCAAAAUAAAUAUAAUUAACAAAGAUAAUGAAAAUCUUCGUGACUUUGUUACUUCUAAAGAUAAUUUAAUAUUAUCACUAAAGGAGAGUGCGGAGAAAUAUGAGAAUGGUAAACAAGAGAUUUUAUUAGUGAUACAAGAAAAAGAAGCAAAAAUAAUACACCUAGAAUCUCAUCUGACUGAAUCAAAAAAAAUAAUUGAAGAUAAGUCAUUGGAAAUAAGAAAGAACUUGAAUAAAAUCAAUGACUGCAUUGAAGAGAAAUCUCAUAUAUUAAACAACAUUUUAUACAAAGCUUUAGAGAUAACAGAAAAAUUUAAUAUUGAAACGGAAAUUACAAAUGACGACAUUAGCUUAUAUGAACAAGUCAUUUUUAUUUUUGAGAAAAUAGCUCAUUAUGCAAUGCGUAGUUCUAAGAAUAAUAAACAACAUGACGACUUCCAGGACCUUUAUAAUAACGCUAAAAACGAAGUUAGCAAUCUAACAGAACAAAAUCGUAAUUUUAUAGAAAAAUUAUCACAAUUUGAAAAUAAAAACGAAGAAUUACUUUCUGAACUAAAUAAACUGCAAUCUGAAAACAAAUCUUUAAAAAAUGAAUUAGAGAAAGCAACCAUAUUAUUAAACACACCUCAAGAAGAAGUGACUAUGAAAGUUGAUGUUAUUGAAAAUAUUCAGUCCAAAUUAAAAGAAUGGGAAUCGCAACAUUAUCUCGAUUCAUCCACGAAAAAGCAUAUUGAAGAUCUACAAAUGGAAGACCAGGAACUUAAGAUUAAGUAUUCUGAAUUAUCAAACAGAAGUUAUAAUUUGGAUGAUUUUCUUGCCGAAGAUAUUACUCAUGAAAGUUAUGUUAAAAAUUCUAUAUUUAACCUAAUGGAUAAAAUAGAAUGUAAGUCACCACCUAGUCUUCUAACCAUAUGUUGUAAUAAAAUAAUAGAAUACAUACAACCAAGUGAAAAACCAGUGAUUCCUACUAAUUUAAUGUCAAAAAUUGAAACCAUAGAUAAAGAGACACAGAGUAAUAGUUGUCAGUGUUCCAGAUUAUUAUCAGAAUUGACAGACGCUCGUGAAGAAAAUUUGAAGCUUGGUGAUUUAAUAAAAGAGUUAGAAUCUAUAAAUCGCCAUUUAGUUAACGAACAAAACGAAAUCCGCAAAGAAGUACAAUCACUUGUUGAACCAGCUUUUGAAUUGCAAAAGAAAGUUAUGAAUCACAGAACAAAUCUUUCAACACUUACUGCAACUACAUAUGCAGAAAAUAAAUCUCUCAAAUCCCAAGUAAAAGUUCUUCAACAUCAUCAUCAUAGAUUUCAUAUGUUAUGUCAAAGAGAUAUACCUGCAGUUAAAAAGCAGUUAUUUGAACUUAUGUCAGUAUUGAAAAGAGAUUCAUCAUUUACAGAUAAACACAAUAUCAGUUUUAAAAGAUAUUCUUUGCCAGAUAUGUCAAUCAAUAAUUCAUUUCUUUCCAAUUUUAAAACUGACGAAACAAUCUUAGAUGGCGAUCUUUUAAUGUUAGACACUAAUAUUACACUCACUGCAUCAGCUGAUAAUACUCUGAUGGGUGAACAUGAACAAACUUGCUUAGAUUUAACUCACACAUUUACAAACGAAGUAGCUUGUCAAACAAAUGAUAUAGUAAGACUAAGAGAUUCCCAUAUGAUUCAAAAUAAGUCAGAAACUUUGUUGUCUAAUAAUGAAAAUAUAUCGGAAAAAUUAGAAGUUUUAAACUUGGAAAACAUGAAAUUACGCGAGCAAUUAAAUUUGUUUACAAAUAUAAAUGAGUCAAAGGUUGACUCGAUCAGUAGUCCAAUUAAAUUUAAUAAUUGUGAAGUUUCAAACACGAAUGUAAAAAAUAAUGAAUGUGCCAUGUGUGAACAGUACAAAAUUGAAAAAAUAGAAUAUGAAAAAAUACGUGAAAAGUUGGAAGUAGAAAUAAAAGAACUGUUACAAGAUUUGUGUAAUAUAAAUAAAGAAAAAACAAUUAUUGAAGAAAAAUACAAUAAUCUUUUAUUAGAAAUUCCCUCAACAGAUGUUUUAGUACGUAAAUUUAAUACUUUAGAGAAAGAGUAUAAUAUUAAGACAAAUGAGAUCGCAAAACUUACGCAAACAUUAAAUAAAAAAAAUUUAGAACUUAAACAACUCCAAGAAGAAAAUGAUAAUUUAUCUACCCAAAUUAUGGAAAAUAUAACAGAGGCUGAUGAUCUCAAUAAAGAAUUGGAAACAGUAAAAUUACUAAAUUUGAAAUUAAGUGAUAAGUGUUCUGAAUUGGAACGUUUGAUGGAAAAAACCGAUAAACCAAAUUAUACAAUUUGUCCACAAUGUGCAGCAAAAGAAAAUAUGGUACAGUCUUUGUGUGUGGAUAGUAUCUCACAAGCACAUUUAAAACUAAACAGAAGCCUUAGUGAAUCUGACACAUCGUCUAGAUACAAUAAAAUUUGCAUUUUACAAAAUGAACUACAUGCGAGUAAAGAAGACUGUAAAGAACUGACUGAGGAUGUCACAACCAUUAAAAAUCACUUAGAUCGUAAUAAUUUAUCUAUGGAACAAAAUAUGGAUUUGGAUGACAGCAUGAGUGAUUCGAAUUUCUUCACUUCAAAGAAAGAUUUUGGAGUUGUAGAUCAAUUACAUAAACUUAAUAUGCCAAAUAUACCGGAAGAACGUUCAACCGACAUAUACACGCUGGAAAAAAAUGAUUGCUAUCAUUAUUACUUGGAAAUCUCUGGAGCUGAAAAAGACAACAUUAACUGUGAUGUUAAAAUUCUAGAUCUAAUGAAAAUGCUUUACAAUUUUAUUGUUACAAAACAUAACAAUGAUGUUGAGAACUUCGUCAAUAAACUAAAAAUUUAUGAAAAUUCUAAAAAGGAACUAGAAGCUCAUGUAAAUAAUAUAAAAACUGAAUAUUCUGAAAUAAGUAAAGAUUUUGAACUAAAAGAUAUAAAAUUGAAAGCUAUAACAGACAUUAUAUUAUUGAUGCAGACCAACAUAAAUUUAUUGAAAGAAGAAAUACCAAAAAUAAUAGAAACUGAUGACAACACCAAAGUAGUGUCAUUAUUUAGAGAAAAUGUUUUGAAAGUUCUUGAUAAAGAAUUUAAUUUAUCUAGUUUAAGUAUUUUUGAAAUCGUGAUUGAUAAAAUUGUAACUAAAAACCAAAAUGACUUAUGUGACAUAAUGAAUAAAUACAUUAAAUUACAAGAACAGAUGGAAGCUGUAACGGCCGAGCUGAAUGGUGUUAACGAUAAUUUGUUACAAAUGAAAUGUCAACUUUCGGACAAAGAAAAUGAAUAUAAUUUACUUAAAGCACAAAAAGAAAAAGUUCAUGAAAUAAGUAAUGCUGUUACACUCGAUAUAAUAAAGAAAGAACAAGAAUUAAAUGAAGUGGUUCGCAAAGGCUGGCAAAAGCUCCUGGAUCAUAAUAUUAUACGUAACAGUAAUCUUGAUUUAAAUUCGCCAUUAAAUGUUACAAAUAUUUUUGACCAUAUAAUCGAACAAUGUAGAAAGCAUAAUAUAGAAUUUGAUAAGGAGAGUACAAUAGAAGAACUUAAAGAAUUAAAAUUGAAGUUGGAUUCUAAAGAGAAGGAAAUUGGAUUACUAAAAGUAAAAAAUAUUGAACUACAUGAUGUCAAUAAAAAUCUCACGAUGGAUUUAAAUGAAAAGGAUAACACAUUGCUUACCCAAAAAUCCUUGUAUGAUGAUUUAAUGAAAGUAUACGAAAGUAAAGUCGAAGAAAAUGCAGUUAACUUGAAUCUAAUAGAUAAAUUAACAGAAGAAACUAAUGUAUUGAAAGAAAAUAUUAUAAAACAGCAAAGUGCUAUCGAUAAUUUAGAAAGUGAACUUAAAUCGGAGGCGCUCAACAACUUAGCUGAGAAAGAUAAUCAAAUCUUAGAGCUAACAAAUACAAUUUCUCUCCUGAAAAAAGAAAUAAAUGAUUUGAAAACUGUAAAUCAAGUCAUAAUAGAAGAAAAAGAAAAUUGUGCAUCAGAAUUAGAGAAGUCGAGCGAGAUUAUAAAAGGAAAUAAGAUAGAAUUAGAAAAAAUGACAUCGGAUAUAUUAAUAUUACGAGAGUCAGUAAAAGAAAAUAUGUCGGUAGUUGAAUCUUUAAAAACGGAAGCAAAGUCUUUAAUGCAACAAAAUAUGGAACUAAAAGAACAAUUCGAAGAGAAGUGUAAAGACUGUUUACGAUUAGAAAUGAAUAUCAGAACACACGAAAAAACGGCACAAAUACAGAGCAAGAUGAUUAUAAGACUUCAAAAACAGAAAGAAAGUGAUAAUAAAGCACUAAAUGAAAAAGACAAACAUCUAGAAGAUCUAACAAAGAAAUAUACAGCAUUACAGCAAUCGUGUGAAAGUAUGGAAUGUAGUAUUAAAACUACCAAAGAGGAAAUUGAAAUUAUGAAGAACGCUAAAGAUGCACUACAGGUUCGCGUUGCGGAGUUGGAAGCAGAAUUGGAGGCAGUCGCUCGACGCACGCCCGUGGAGGCGCCGCGCCGUCGCAGGCAAAGCUUUUAUGACUCGAAACGAAUAAUCUCCGAUAACAAAGAGUGCUUAGAAGAUCAGAAACAGGCAGAGAUAGUGUUUGACUCCCGCGCUAAGCCUGACGAUCUAUUUAUGGACGUAGACGAUGACAGUUCCAAUAGAAGCACUCCACUCAGACAUAGCAAAGGACGGGACAGCUUACAAUCGAGACAAGAUCACAGCUCGGAGAAUCAGAGCGCGGCGCGUCGACGUCAACGACGCCAGAGCUCGCACGACUUACACCGCGCAGGCGCAACUACCGAAACUUCAAAGUUGAAUGAACCAACCGACUUAAAAACAUCAGAUUCAGCAAAUGAAAGUGAAUUAAGUCAAGUACGUGAACAACUCGCGUCCUGCAAACAAGAACUCGAGGAGUUGAAGGAAAGAUACAAGGAACUGGACGAAGAGUGUGACACUUGUGCGGAGUACCUGCGUGAAAGGGAAAGCCAAUGCGCAAGGCUUAAGAAAGAAAAAGCAGGCUUGGAGAAUUUAGUUAGUGAAUUGAGGGAAAAAUUACAGUCUAUCAACCCAAAUCAAACUCUCCAAGGUGGCAACAGAACGAUGGUCGCCAACGCCGCAGUGAACACAGACGAAGAUUGGACCAAUCUUCAUUCAGUGGUCGUAGAUCGUAUGUCCUAUGAUGCAGAAGUUGAAAAGAACAAAAGACUGAUGAAAACAGUUGAAGAAUUACGCUUCAAGAAGCAAGAAUUGAAAACGACUCUUGGAAAGAUGCAAAAGUUUAUAGAAAAGAAUUCUGGCAAAGACAAUAGGGAGUUAGAAACAACAAAACAACAAUUGAAAGAAUGCAAACAAGAGUUAGAAGAACUUCGAGCAAGAUGCAAGGAAUUAGAUGAGGAGUGCGAGACUUGCGGCAUAUAUCUGAGGGAGAAGGACGAACAAUUACGUAAAUUGAAGGAAACGAAGACAAUGUUGGAGGCAAAGCUGCAAGAGUUUGAAGAAAAUCAUAGCGGUAUUUUGCAGUCUACACGCAAGAAACGGCAGAGUUUACACGACCAGAACCGCGGCUCCUCCAUGGUGGAUUUCAACGACGCCACCACUGAAACUAGCGACGACUUCCUGAGCAGUCAGGUAGAGCGAGAUGACAGUACACGGCAGACCGACGGAACGCAAUCUCGAGAAUUGAAACGACUCAAAAUGACGGUGGAGAGGCUCACACAGCAGAAAACGUCGUUGGAGCGGCAAUUGUGCUCGCUUACGGCCGGCGCCGCGGCCCAGCCCAUGUACAUCGCCACCGGUAGUGCUAUAGUGCAGAAUCAGCAGCUAACCGACGUAAUGAAAGAGAAUCAAAAAUUGAAGAAAAUAAAUGCAAAGCUGGUUAACAUUUGCAAGAAAAGAGGCAAAGAGUCCAACCGCGAAAAUGAAGAUCCCACAGAGCAUGUGGGUUGAGUAAAUUCUAGAAACGAGUAUUGGAAUUAAAUUAAAGUUAAAUAUUUAAUUAACAAAAUAUUAACGAAUUAUUGAUAACACUGUUUAAAGUUGAACUUUUAGUAUAUUCAUUAAAAUUAUAUUGAAGUGCAUGCUGAUUAUAAAUGUUAAUUAUAAUAAUUAACGAACAUUGAAAUUAUUGUUUAACCGGGGAUACCUUUAAAAUAGUAACAUAAAGGGUCGAGAAUGAUUGUAGAAAGUUAGUAGAAUUGUAACAAUAUGAAAAAUAUAUUAAUUGCAUAUUUUUAUCUAUGCCAUAACUAAUGCUUAUAAGACUGAAUGCUAGAUAGAAACAUUCCGAUAGCAUUUUACAAAGAAAGUCGUUAGUAGUGAUAAAUGAUGCCAUCAAGUGUGAAUGUUGGUUGGUUUUUAGUCUCAAAAUAUCGUACAAUAUUAGUAUUAUUAGAUAUUGUUUGUACUUAUAACAUGGUGCCUAAUUCUAUAAUAUUCUUCUAGUUAGAUAAUAAAUGCAAAUAUAGGAUAUUUUCUUUUGUAAAUAUAAUUUAGCAUUUGCUUGCACUUGAUGUAAGUUGUGUAAAUUGCUAUUUUAUAUACGUAUUGUCGAAAAAUAGCAUUAUCAUCCAAUAUUAAAAAAUAUUAUUAAUCUCUUUUUAUACAAAUUUGUGAUCUAUUAAUUAAAAUAUGGUAUGGUACCUAACUAUUCAAUAAAUGAUUGAUUUUUA